UUACCCAUCUUUCAUACACCCCACGCAUCGCACAAUCCCUUACGCAUCAUCUAUACCGUUUCGCGCAUUGAUUCUAGCUUUACGCGCAUCAAUUGACUCUCGACCCCGCACCCUGCGACGCAGAAGUCCGAUCUGCGCACCAUCACGUCAUCUCAUCUCAGUUGCCAUUGUUGAGCGCAACAGCACGCAAUGACUGAUGCCGAGAUCCAGCAAGGAGACAAAGUCUCAUGGAGCUGGGGUUCAGGUCAACCGGCGGGUACUGUUGCCGACGUGAAGGAACAGGGAGAGAUCGCCAUCGAGUCACAUCGCGGUAAUACCAUUACGAAGAACGCCGAGCCUGAAAAUCCCGCUGUUCACAUCGCGCGAUCCGGCAACGACGUCGUGAAGAAUGCUUCUGAGCUCCAGGUCGAGGAGACAGCCGGGGGCGCCAACGGUCACCAGACCAACGGCGAGUCGAAGAACGAAGACAGCAACCAUGCUGAGACUGAAAAGAAGGAGGAACAGAAGCCAGUCGAGUUGGAGAAAAAGGAAGAAAAGCCAGCCGAGUUAGAGAAAAAAGAAGAAAAGCCGACCGAGUCGCAGGAUGCCAUUAAGCCGGCUGUCGCUGAGAAGAGGGACGAAGAGAUGAAAGAUGCUCCUUUGAAUGAGGAGAAAAAAGAGGACGCUCAGCCGAACGGAGAUUCAAAGGCAGAGGCUCCAAAGGUCGACUCGACAGAAGAGGCCAAGGAUGGCCAGAAGGGUGAAGCGCCCCAGACUGGCACAAAGCGCAAGGCUGAAGAUUCUCCAACUGAAGAGACUAACGGCACCAAUGCCGACAAGGAGGAGCUUACUUUCAAGAAGACAAAGACCGAUGAUGCUGAGGGCGAUGGCGAGGCUCAGGGUGUUAAGGGCGGUCGUCCCAAAGGUGGCGAAAAAAAGGAGAAGAAAGAGCCCGCUCGCAAAAAGCAACCAAAGAAGGCUGCUACCGCUGAUGGCCAGCCUAGGCGUAGUGGUAGGAAUAGGUCCUAAACGCAGUUGCUGAUGGCGAGACCAGUCAGAUCCACCAGAACCCCCUUGGGCUCAAAAAGAAAGUGUGUCGACCCGGCAACUGGAGAGGAGUUGGGUUAUUUGAUUCGGCGUAUUGGCAAGGCAUGGAACACGAUAGGGUACACAUGGGGCAACUAUUGGAUGUCGGGCGGGGGACUUUUCGUUUGACGGCGCUCGAUAGGAAAGGUUCGCCUUUGUUUGCCAUCCACGGUUUUGUGGCUUCUGAUGAUUCCGCUUGCAAUUUAUAGCUGCUGUACCAUACCGUUCAUUUCCUAUCGUAUUGCUACGGAUGUAGGAAAAGCUUUAGGCGGUAUACAAAAAGGGAACGAAAUCG